AUGGCUGCCAAUGCAGAUGAACGGACGCCCCUCCUCAAAAUCAAAUCCGGCGCCGGGGCCGUGAAGCGGGUCGGUCGCGGCCUCUGGUCACCCUCAAACCGUAUCCUCUUCGCCGGCUUUCUCGUGUCCCUCACACUAGGCCUCACUCAAGUUCCCAUCAUCUAUGUCUUCCGCGUAAUGGCAUGCGAAACCUUUUACGAGUCUCACGCGCCCUACGAUGGCCCCGCCUCCGAAAUGUGCCACCGCCGCGAGAUUGACGCAAACACGGCCACACAGGUUUCCAUCCUCGGCAUGACAACCUCCGUCUGCGGCAUCCUCAACCUCUUCAUCUGCGGCGAUCUCAUUAAGCGCUGGGGCACUCGCUGGGCUCUCAUCAGCCAGACCGGACUGCUCGGCAUCCGCGUCUCGUGCCAGGUCCUCGCCGUGUCGCAGGGCGCGCAGAAGGGCAUCGAUAUGAUGCAGUACACGCAGCUCAUUGGCAUCUUUGGUGGGCCGAGGGGAUACAUGACUGGACGGGCGCUAACGCAAAUGAAACCAAGGCUGGUUCUAAACACGGCGAUCGCGGAGGUUGUCGAAAGAAGAAAGCAUACCGGCGUCUUUGGUCGGCUACAAGGCGCAGUCAUGAUCGGUACCGCCAUAGGCUACUUGCUCGGUGGUGUCUUGGGUGAUGUGUUCGGCAUCACCAGUCCCUUCAUUGCUGCCAUCGGCUGCUUCGCUUCCGCGACAAUCUACGGCGCCAUCUUCUGGCCAGCAUCGCCAGAAAAGACGGACGAGAUGGACGGCAAGACGACGCCCGGCGCUUCUGGCUUCCUGGCUCCUAUCAAGGUGCUCAUGCCUUCAAAGUACCGUCUUGAAUCCGGCAAGAUUGUCAAGAACUAUGGUCUUGUCUUCCUUGCCCUGGGCAUCUUCUUCGGCGUGUUCGCCACGGGUUAUGCUCCCAUCCUCAUCCAGAUGUACGCCACCUCGCGCUUCAACUUUGGCACGACGGAGAACGGUAUCCUCAUGUCCGGCAACUCCUGGAUCCGCGGCAUCUUCUUGAUGUUCAUCUUCCCGGAAAUCAUCGACAGCGGACGACGGUGGUUCGCUUCAUCAUCUCACGCUGGAGCUCUGCAGAAGACGCUCACUCAGGAAGAACGGAGCGUCAUCCCCACGCAUCCCGAAGACAUGGACCCGGCACCCGGUCUGAUGAACGCUUCCGAGCCAACAAAGGCGCCGCCUGAAGAGGAGGACGAGGAUAGCACAUUCGACCUCUUCUUCCUGAGGUGGAGCUUGGUGGUGGAUGGCAUCGUCACGUCCCUCGCGGCUUGGGCGACGGAGGGCUGGCAUGUUUAUGCUGCGGCUUUCCUACUGCCGUUUGCGUCCGGAUCGGCUCCCGCUGCAAAGGGCGUCAUCACAGAAAUGUGCCCGCCGCAUAUGCGACAAGAUGCCCUGAGUGCCAUCACUCUGGUCGAGAGCGCGGCGACGCUGACGACGCAAGGCAUUUUUGGCUUCAUUUUUGCCACACUGUCUGAGAUGGGCAAACCGAAUCUUACCUUCUUCGUCAAUGCCGCUCUCGCCGUCGUCGCCGUUGGCAUUCUUCUCCUGGCGCAUUACCCCCCUCUCAACAGCACGAGGGUCGAGGACGAGGCGAUUGAAGAGAUUAGCGAAUCAAGUUAG